GGACGCCGGCGGCCGCCGGCCCCGCUCCGCCGUUCCCCCGCCCCCGCCGGAGCCGCCGCCGGGACCAUGGAGGUCGUGGAGGCCAGCACCCUUCAGCAGGAGAGGCUGCAGGCCAUCGCGGAGAAGCGGAAGCGUCAGACGGAGAUCGAGAACAAAAGGCGGCAGCUCGAGGAUGACAGGCGGCAGCUGCAGCAUCUCAAGUCCAAGGCUCUGCGGGAGAGAUGGCUCCUGGAGGGGGCCCCAGCUUCUGCCUCCGAGGAGGAAGAGGCCAUGAAGAAGCAGAUGCAGGAGGAUGAGGUGAAGACCAAGGAGCUGGAGGAAACCAUCCAGAGGCUGGAGAAGGAGCUGGAAACGCUGGAGAACAGCAGCUCAGUGGCUUCCACCAAGGAGAACCUGGUGGAGGCAGCAGCCAAGGAGGAGAAGGCUGAGGCUGUCCCCAAUGCGCAGAAGAGUCCCCUGGGCGCAGUUAAGGCUGACAAGAGGGUCUCCAGCAGCCCCAUGAAGGCAGUGGAAGGCAGUGACAUGAUGAAGGCGGCCAUGUACUCGGUGGAGAUCACGGUGGAGAAGGACAGAGUGACAGGGGAGACCAAGGUCCUGUCCAGCACCACCAUGCUCCCCCAGAACCACUGUCUGCAGGGGGUCAAAGUGUACGAGGAUGAGCUGAAAGUGGUGCACGCGGUGAGCGCCGAGGACGGGGCCCUGCAGAACGGGGCCCACCCCCUCAGCUCCUCCGAGGUCGACGAGCUCCUGCACAAGGCGGACGAGGCCACCCUGAGUGAAGCUGCCGGGCGCCAGACCCCAGCCAAGGCCGGCAAGGGCGGCGGCAGCGCCCCGGGCAGCCAGAAGCCGACGCCGCGGCGGGAGAUCACGGGGCUGCAAGCCAAGGUGCCACCGGGCGAGGGGAUGGAGCCCAGCCAGGAGCAACCCGUCACCAUGAUCUUCAUGGGCUACCAGAACGUGGAGGAUGAGAACGAGACCAAGAAGGUGCUGGGGCUGGAGGGCACCAUCAAGGCAGAGCUGGUGGUGAUCGAGGACGCCGAGAGCAAGCCGGAGCCGGCACACAAGGACCACACGCCACCCAACGGCACCGCGCUGGAGCCGGCGGCUGCCCAGCCGCUGGGCGAGGAGGGCGCGGGCGGGCAGAAGCCGGGCGCCAACGCCACAGACGCCAAGGAGGCCGAGCAGGAGACAGACGUGAAGAAGCAGCGCUGCAAGUGCUGCACGGUGAUGUGAGCCCCCGCCGAGCCCCCUCCGCCCCGGCCCCUGCUCGCCACCGGACACAGACCCUCUUCCUGCAGAACCGGGGAGAUCCCACACGGUGCCACCGGGGCCGCAGCGGGCAGCGGCGGCCGCGGCGACGCUCGCCCCACCUGCCCGAUGCCAGCCCUGUGCCGCCCCCCACCAGCGCUGCCUGUGGUAUUUAUUAGUGACCCCCCUCGCCCCACAGUGCGCCCACCCCACCACGGCCCGGCCUCAUCCCCACCCGCCACCGGCGCCGGGGCCCUGCCCUCUGUCACCGACGCUGUCCCACCCGCCGUCGGAGGACGGAGCCGCCGGGCAGGGGGUCGGAGGACGACGCUGUGUCCGUAGAUGACUCCCCGGGAGCCGCCACCAGCGGGACCCGCUCUUGGCGCGGCCCACGGUGGGCGUCGGGCCCAGCCCUGUGCCAGCCCCUCCCGCUGUUCCCUGGGCCUGUUCCCUGCUGGCUGCCCGUGGACACCUCUGCUCCAUCUCGUGUCCUCCUCCCUGCGGUCCCGGGCUCCCCAAAGCCCUCAAGGACAGAGCGUGUCCAGGCAAGGGAAGGGCAUCGAGGGCAGCGUCCCCUCCCCGAUACUCGGCUGUGGUAAUGCCUGGGGCCACGCGGAGUCAGCCCAGCCUGCCCCCGGCCCUGCUGCGCUCCUGGGCUCAGCUCCACGCGUUGGAGCCCCUCGCUGUGGUGCUGGCAGUGACAGCCACUCCUCAUCUCAGCCGCCAGCCGGUGCCACGGGGCUCUGCCAGCCCAGGGGGCUGAACUGUGCUGUGGCCAGCGCUCGUGUCCUCCUGGAGCAGUGCCAGCGAGGAAGGGGAACCUGGGGGGUCCCAGCCUUGUGGGGCAGGAAUGGGGCGGGGGUCCCGUGUUCCCUCGUGGCAGCAGGAGUAGGGCCCAGCAUCCUCUCCCCUUCCUGCUUCUGCCCCUCAGCAGCAGCAGCUUUGCAGAGCCACGUUCUGGGGUCCCAGGCUGCAGCAUUGGGUCCCCCAGGGGAGUGGGGCAGCCCGGUUCACCCCAGUACUGGCAUUGGGCGCUGCCAGGGGUCCCACAGAGGGCGGCCUCCCUGCUGCCCCACCCUGCACCCCGGCCCUUCAGUGGGGAUUUCACCACCAGCACCAGCGUUUUCUCCCCACUGAGACCAGCUGGGGCGGGUGGGGGCUGUGGAUUUUGGUCCCCAGUGCCCACAUCAGCUGCCCUGAUACUUGUCCAGGAGCUUUGGGCAGGGUGCAGCCACCAGCCAGGGAUCCUUGUUCAAGUGUGAGAGGGUUCCUUCUGCUGUGAGGCUGGGCAAGUCCCCGGGGAUCUCCCAAAACGUGUGGGGCAGCAUCCAUGCUGUCCAGCCCACCAGGACGCCGGUGGUCGAGCAGCCAGGGAUGGGGCUCAGCUCCCCCAAGGAUGGCCCUUCCUUCCCCCACAUCCCCCUUGUGUAAGCAGUGUCCCCCCUGUCCCCAUGACACCCCAGUUGUCCCUCAGGCUGCAGUUUUCCCCCCAGUAGAGUCAUUGCAGGGCUGAGGGGAGGAGGGCUCACGGUGCCACCCCUGUCCUGAGCCCCAGCCAGGCACCCACGGCCUCUGGGAGAGGCAGGGCCGGGGAAGGGGAGCUUUGGGAGGGCACUGCCAGGGGAAGGGGGGGGGUCUCUCCUGCCCCAUCCACUGUUGGGCAUCGCUGCAGAGCAGGGCACGGGCUGGGUGCCACAGGGCAUCCACCCCCGUAGUCCGGGGGCAAUGUCACCUCUCGCCACCCCACAUCGGGGGCCACCCACCCCAUCCCGCCCUGGGCCCUGCAAUCCCCAAGCCGGGGCUCCCUCCUGCCUUGGCACCCCCUGCCCCUCGGUUGGCUUUGACCCCCAGCCCAGUCCGGCCCUUGGCGUGGCGGGGAGCAGGACCAGGCCCCGGGGCCGGGGUGUGAGAGGAGCGGGCGGUGGGCCCGGCAUCGCCCCCACCCCAUCCCACAGCCCCCCUGUCCCCCGCCCGGCUCUGCUGAAGUGCACUUCCCGUGCCCCCGAGCUUUUCACUUGUGCCGAAACCGUUUGAAUUCCCUGCCCCAUCCCUUCCCCACCCCGUUGUUUGUAAAACACCCAAACCGAGCAAAUAAACUGUGUGAACAACCA